UGUGGCAACGCCAUUGCGUGAAAAAUUGCAAUUUUUUUCAUUUCACACAUACAGACGAGAAACACACGCCAGCAGCGCAACGAAGAACCAAAAAAAGGCCGCAAGAAAACGCCCAAUAAAGCCGAGGGUUACGAAAAAGUAUAUCUGAAGGAUACGGGUGACCAGAAUCGCCGACGAGGAAGCCACAGCGACGACAUUCCAGCGGAGCAGCAAGAAGAGGCGGGGGCAAGAAGAAGAGGAAGAAGCCGAUUCGAAGUUUAUCAAUUAUGAAUUUCCUGGGUUUCGGCCAGUCAGCGGACAUUGAGAUAGUAUUCGAUGGAGCUGAGCACAAGACAGCGGAGGUCAAAGGGGAGGAUGGCAAAGUGGAGAAGAUGCUGCUCUUCUACGAUGGAGAGACCGUUUCCGGCAAGGUGAACGUUACCCUUAAGAAGCCGGGCAGCAAGCUGGAGCACCAGGGCAUCAAGAUUGAGUUCAUUGGUCAGAUCGAGCUGUACUACGACCGGGGUAACCACCACGAGUUCAAGUGUUUAGCAAAGGCGCUGGCCCGCCCUGGCGAUCUCAUCCAGAACAACAGCUAUCCAUUCGAUUUCCCAAACGUGGAGAAGCAAUUCGAGGUGUAUGCCGGAACGAACGUGCGGCUGCGAUAUUUCCUGCGAGCCACUAUCGUCCGCCGGAUCAGUGACAUUACCAAGGAGGUAGAUAUCGCCGUGCACACACUGUGCAGCUACCCGGAGAUGAACAACCCCAUUAAAAUGGAGGUGGGCAUCGAGGACUGCUUGCACAUUGAAUUCGAGUACAACAAGAGCAAAUAUCACUUGCGGGAUACGAUUAUCGGCAAGAUAUACUUCCUGCUGGUGCGCAUCAAGAUUAAGCACAUGGAGAUCGCUAUCAUAAAGCGGGAGAGCGCGGGCACAGGUCCGACGAUGUUCAACGACAACGAGACGAUCGCCAAGUACGAAAUCAUGGAUGGUGCUCCCGUUAAGGGCGAGAGCAUACCCAUUCGGGUAUUCCUCGCCGGCUAUAAUCUCACGCCCACUAUGCGGGAUAUUAACAAAAAGUUCUCGGUGAAGUAUUUCCUCAAUCUAGUGCUAAUGGACACCGAGGACCGGCGCUACUUCAAACAGCAGGAGAUUACGCUUUGGCGCAAGGCGGACAUUCCGCGCUAUCAUGGAGCCCAACAGCAACAGCAGCAUCAACAGCACCAACACGUUCCCCUGCACGCGCCGCCGCACCUAGUAAGCGGUCCGGCCGCUCCCACGGUGGCGCACUCGCUAAUCAGCUCUAGCACGGACAGCGGGGAGACCGGUGGAGCUCCGGCAGCACCGGGCACUGAAGGAUCCGAGUCCAAGAUGGGACUAUUUACCAGGGAGAGCCCGAACCAGGAGUUCAGCCAGCAGCAACUGGACUCGCCGCCGCUGACACCCACGCCCGUUGCCGUUUCAGUUCCAGUUUCCACACCAGCGUCAUCUGCUCCAGAACCGGCUCCUGAAAGGGGCAUGGGCGAUGGAGCCGCAGCGGCCACCACAAGUGCCUCGCCCGUUGCCAUGCUGUCCAGUUCGCCGCCGCCAUUGCUGCCAGCAUCACCGCUAUCUCGUUCCGAUGGCGAUUCGUCGGAGCAGGUGCUCCAGCCUGAAGAUGACGCCGGAGAUGUAGUUCAGACCACGGCGAAAAAGAGCAGUGUAACGCCACUGGCCACCGAUUGAGUGGGAAGCUUGAGAGGAUCUUCAAAAGGGCAUAUGUAUCAGCAAAAACGGCAGGCGGAACUAUUACGCAUAUAAACGUAUACAGCAGGAGGAGACCAGAGGAUGAGCAGCAAAAAAUAUGCAUAUAUCUAUUUUUUUAAAGUUAAUUUAAAAUUGUUACAAAUGUUUUAUUGAGGUUAUGCGCAUCAUUUACCAAAAGCAAGCAAAACGUAAAAUGAUAGUAACGAAAAAACAAAACGAAACUUAGGACAAAUGAGAAGAGGCGACCUCGUAGCUAUAACCAAUCUCUAGGCGUUUCCAUUGGUAUUAUUGCUAAAGAAAAUAGGAAGGAGAUGGCAACGGAUUCGGAUCCGCACCCAAACCCCAAUACAAGUCCUCAACCUCAAACACUAGUUAAACCCCCUAGUAUUCCGAUGACCAUUCCCUAACUCUGGGGCGUUUGGAAAAUAUGAUUUUUCAAUUUGAAAAAUGUUGAAAUUGCUUUCUAAAAGUGAAAAACCCUGAAAUUGAAAUCAAAUUGUGCAUUAAACUAAACCUACUCCAAUACAGAUAACAGCAACAAGACAAAACACCCAUUAAUAAUAAAGUUUUAGUCUAUAGCA